GCGAUUUCCAUGGGCAAUAGGCCGGAAGUGGAAGACUUGUAGAAAGUGAAUCACGAUUUUGUAAAGCAUUCAAAUGAAAAAUAGCAUACUUUGUUGAUGAAGUGUCGGAUUCGUUAUUUAUCUGCUGAAUUGUUCAAAAAUCCAUCUGAUCGUUUAAUACGGAUGUAUUAAAAUCACUCUUUGUUUUGGGGAAAAUUAUUGCCCGAAACAAACAUGGCUUCCAUGCGAAGUCUAGAUGAUAUUGACUUGGCCCAGCUGAGGGAGCCUGCUGGAAUAUUUGAUUUAAUGGAAGUAGUGGGCAAUGGAACAUAUGGACAAGUUUUUAAGGGUCGUCAUGUUAAGACAGGACAACUGGCUGCCAUUAAAGUUAUGGAUGUUACAGAGGAAGAGGAGGAAGAAAUAAAACUCGAAAUAAAUGUUCUGAAGAAGUAUUCACAUCACAGGAAUAUUGCAACUUAUUAUGGAGCAUUCAUCAAGAAAGGCCGGCUACGGGGUACAGAUGACCAGUUAUGGUUGGUGAUGGAAUAUUGUGGAGCUGGAUCUGUGACUGACCUGGUGAAAGCAACGAAAGGAACCUCGUUAAAGGAAGAGUGGAUUGCUUACAUCUGUCGAGAAAUGCUUAGAGGAUUAUCACAUUUACAUGCUAAGCAUGUUAUACACAGGGACAUCAAGGGACAGAAUGUUCUUCUCACUGAAAAUGCAGAAGUUAAGCUAGUUGAUUUUGGAGUGAGUGCCCAGCUUGAUAAGACCAUUGGACGUCGGAACACUUUCAUUGGAACGCCGUACUGGAUGGCUCCGGAGGUUAUAGCAUGUGAUGAGAACCAGGAGGCUACGUAUGACAAUCGUAGCGAUAAUUGGUCGCUCGGCAUCACAGCCUUGGAAAUGGCACAGGGUGCUCCCCCUUUGUGUGACAUGCAUCCGAUGAGGGCGCUGUUCCUUAUUCCUAGAAAUCCAUCACCGAAACUCAAAAGCCCUAAGAAAUGGAGCAAGAAAUUCCAGAACUUUAUUGAGAAAUGCUUGAUAAAAAAUUACCAUGAUCGACCUAACACAACACAACUUCUGAAACAUCCAUUCAUCAAGGACAUGCCGAACGAACGCCAAACAAGGAUACAACUUAAGGAUCAUAUUGAUAGGACAAAAAAGAAACGAAUUGAGGAUUCUACAACAGAUCAUGAAGGUUAUUUAAGUCAGGAGAGUGAUGAAGAUGAAGCGAUACAAGAUGAAGGGGAACCAAGUUCUAUGCUACCUGGCCCCAAAGAUUCCACUCUACGUAAAAACUUUCAGGACAUCCAGAAUCAGCCAGUGCCAGUUCCAAAGCGUCCCGUGUCUCAGAUACCGUCCAGACCUGGCUUCCACCAGCCUCACCCCAUCGAGCAGAGUAGACCAGCCCCUUUGCCACCACAAAUCAGUAGACCUAGGGAGAGGCAAGCAGUCGAAGAUCAUGCUCCAAUCGCACAACCCAAAAUCCCAGUUGUUGUCGCUGCCCCCAAACCACAACCCAUCAUCACGCAGCAUAUGGCAAACCGCCCUCAAGUGGCGCAAUAUGUACAGGUUCAGCCUGAGGCUCCUAGACGUCGGCCUGCGUCAGAUAUCGUCAGACCAAACCCUAAUGCAGUGGAUCUUGCUGUGCUUGCUGAGCAUCUAAAGGAUCUUGCCACUGAGCCUUCGCCAGUAAUGCCAGUUGAUGACGAUGAGGAUGAAGAUGAGGAAGGGGAUAAAGAUGGAUUCGUUCUAGCAUCAGCAGCUCCACGACCACUACCUGACGACACAGACACUCUACAAACAUUUGUCAUUCAUGAGAAUGAAGAAAGUGAAUUGAAUAACAUUGCUGGGAUUAGUAUAUCAUCGAGUUUCAUAGCCGGAGCAUCGCAGUCUCCAAUUAACAGAACACAGGUUAGUUACCGGUUAGCUGUUGGACCCAGUCCACCAAGUAAACGAUCGGGUAUGGAAAAGCAGAAGUCGUUUGCAGCCUUCGGUUUUGGUGCUGCUACAUCAGCCACAGUCGGAAGCCAAGGCGUGUCAAGACGAGGCUCGCAGAUUAGUGUAAAUGUAAAGCCUACAACCCCUGAAAGUCUCAACGACAUGCCCGAAAUACGCAAAUACAGAAAACGAUUCAAUUCAGAGAUUUUAUGUGCGGCAUUAUGGGGUGUGAAUUUACUCAUUGGGUCAGAUAGUGGACUUGUCCUGCUGGACAGAAGUGGUCAAGGGAAAGUAUAUCCUCUGAUUUCACGUAAACGAUUCCAGCAGAUGGAUGUCCUGGAAAGCCAAAAUAUAAUGGUUUGCAUAUGUGGUAAAAAGAACAAAUUGAAGGCUUAUUACCUGUCUUGGCUUAAGCAAAAAAUUGUCAAGAAUGAGGAGGCAUUAGAUAGCAAGAAGAAGAUAGCGUAUGUACCCGUGGGUGACCUAGAAGGCUGCAUCCAUUAUAAAGUAGUGAAGUACGAAAAGAUUAAGUUUUUGGUGAUUGCUCUGCGAGACAGUAUUGAGAUUUAUGCAUGGGCGUCAAAACCCUACCACAAGUUUAUGGCAUUUAAGUCAUUUCCAAAUCUAGUUUUCCGACCUCAAAUUGUGGAGUUGACCGUUGAGGAUGGUCAUAGGUUGAAGGUUAUUUAUGGGUCAAGUGUUGGUUUCCAUGCCAUUGACCUAGAUUCAGCAUCUGUCAAUGACAUCUACUCACCUAGCUCUUAUUCUGGAAAAAUCACACCUCAUUGUAUUGUAAUCGUACCUAACACAGAAAACAAACAGCUGUUGUUGUGUUAUGACAAUGAGGGAGUAUUUGUGGACACAAAUGGAGAAAAAGUGAAAGAUGUGAUUUUACAAUGGGGAGAGCUUCCAACAUCAGUAGCAUACAUCAGUACUGGACAGAUCAUGGGCUGGGGCAAUAAGGCUAUUGAGAUUCGUGCUGCCGACACCGGCCACCUGGACGGUGUGUUCAUGCAUAAAAGAAGCCAACAAUUGCGAUUCUUGUGCGAAAGGAACGAUAAAGUUUUCUUCGCAUCUAUCCGCCCAGCAAACUCCCAAGUUUAUUUCUUAACCCUACGGGCAGGAAUGGGUAACUGGUGAGUUAAAACUUCAAAAGGUCACAGCAUCAAGGUGUCAUGAUAUCAUCUAUUUCAAGGUCAAGGAGUAUACGUCACUCGGAAUAUGAAUAACAUGAGUAAAACAAACUAGAGAGUGCUAGAAAAUGUGUCAUUUUUUUCUGCCCUCUGGGUAAGAAUUUAUCAUGUUAAUUUGUGUUUAAUACUAUAUGGAAAUGAUUGAUGGUUGUAUUGAAAGUGAUAUCCAAAAGGUAGUUCAUUUGAAGUUAUAAAUCUUUGUCCCAUAUUUAACAUUUAUUUACUGUAAUCGCCCAUUGUUUUAAUCAGUGUGAACAAAAUGAAUCCUGUAAAAUUGUGUCCGUUUAUGAAGGUCUUCCCUCAGAUUGUAGGUAACGUUGUGUAUAACAAUUUUUUAAUGACCCUACUUGUUUAUCAUUUUAAUUUUGCUAUAUAGAUGACAGAACAUUUGACUUCAUUUCUAAAAGUUCAAAUGUCAUUGCAGUUAAGACAAUUAUGUGUACGAUGUUGCACACCAAUAAUGUGAUGCCAAGGGCGCUGUAACUAAAAAUUGCAAUAUUUUUAGCAAUGUCAUUAUUUUGGAAAUAAUUAUUGAGCUGUGAGGGUACUGCAAAAAUAAUGUGAAUAAAAUAAUAAAUACUGGUAAAGAAUAAUAGAAGUAAAUAUAAGCAUAAUUAAAUAUGCCUGUAAAUGAAAAAUUCAGCAAAAAAAAAAUAAAACAAAUUAUAAAAAAUAUUCAAUAUUGACAAUUUUAGUGCAUGUACACAUUUGGUUAUUUCUGAAAUUUACUGUACAAGAGCAAUUUUAGAAAGUUGUUGAGAUAUUGUUGUCAAGUAGUUAUUUUACUCCAUGUUUGUGGUACUCCCUCAUGUCAUCUGUUCUUUUAAAGCGGUUUUUAUGAAUAGUUGUUGGUAUUUUAUGUGCAUCUUGCCAAAUUUUAUUCUCAUUUUAAAACAGCCAGGGUAAAAUAUAUGCCCUAACUAAAGAGUAUAAUUUGAUUGGCUGAUUGUAAAGAAGAAUGUCAAAAUCAUGAGGUACUAUUGUUGUCGGCACAAUACUUAUUUGCUUGCCGAAUUUGGUGAAAGAUAAUGUGAGCACAUCCAGGAUGAUAAUAUCAUCCAACUAUAGUAAAUUUAAAUGUUCAUUCGCGGGUGGUGCAUAUUGGGUAGCUAUUCAACUAUAAUAUAACAGUAAGCAAUAACUUUUUUUUCAUAGUGUGGUGGUUUAUUAUUUUUAUUUUGAUAUUUUUGAAUCUAUAAACUUUAUUUAGCAUUUUUUAUCAUUGCAUUGUGGGUAAUUCACUACCUUCAGGAGGAAUUGAAAAAAUUAUAGCACACAUGGGCUCUAUAUUCUAAUACAGUCUACCACCAAGAGAGGUGCACAGUCUAAAGUAUAGGUAGACAGUCUACAGUAGUGUUUGUUAGACAGUCUACCAGUAAAAAUGUACAGUCUACUGGUAGGGGUGCACAGUCUACCAGUAGAUGUACAGUGUACAGGUAGGUUUACAGUCUACUGGUAGAGGUGUAUAGUCUACUGGUAAAUGUACAGUGUACAGGUAGAGGCUUACUGUCUACUGGUAGAAGUGUACAGUCUACUGGUAGGGGUGUAUAGUGUACAGGUAGAGGCUUACUGUCUACUGGUAGAGGUAUACAGUCUGCUGGUGGAGGUGUAUAGUCUACCGGUAGAUGUACUGUACAGUGUACAGGUAGAGGCUUACAAUCUACUGGUAGAGGUGUACAGUCUACUAAGUCUUCUAGUAGAGGUGUAUAGUCUACUGGUAGAUGUACAGUGCAGAGGUAUACAAUCUACAACUACAGGUGCAAGUCUACUAGUAGAAGUAUAUAGUCUACUUGUAGUGGUGUACACUCAGUCUACCAGUAAACAUGUAUUUUGUGCCCAACCCAUACCUUUGUUCUACAAAUGCUUUUCCAGGGCAUAUUAUAAAUAAUUUUAAUAUAUUUCUCAAAUCUGUUUUUGUGCCUUGACUUUAUUUUAUAUUUUAUUGCCUUUAUGUUUGUUUGCAUUUAUACAUAUAAUUGAAGUUUAUUAUUAAACUUUUAAUUACAGUAUUAUUUUCUGCCUUAGAAAUAACACAUGUUUAAUUUUAUUAGAUGUUUAAUAAUAAAUCUUUGUGGUUGGUGAUAAGCAAUCUAAAUGCUUUGAUGUCCUGGACAUUGUUGUCGUGAAGAAUUUAACAGUUUUUAAAAUACAGUACCCCAUUUGCUUAUUGAUAUUUUAAAUCCUUAUUGGUUAUCUGCUGUCAUCAAAACUGUAAUAAAUAAA